GCACGAGAAGACGCUCGUAAAAAGUUCGGCGUGAACGACUCACCAGCCGGCGACGACAGCCUGACCUGGCACUACUGCGGUGAGAUUGGCUCCGGCACAUUUGGGACAGCACACUUAUGGGUCACGACGAACGGCGCAGACAACAUCACCGCACGAGUCGUAAUCAAAAAUUCGUGGGUCAGUGAUCCAGAUCGCUGGGGCUCCGUAAAAUGCUGGCAUGGCGACCCUCGAGAUGCAGCAAACAGGACGCCCGUCGAAAUCUACGCCAUGAGAGUGAUGCGAGGCAGACCAGGAUCGGAUCGUGUGGUCGGAUACAAUGCCUCUUCCGUGGAUGACGCCCGAAUGGCAUAUCGAAUCAUCAUGCCGUAUUAUGCUCACGGAUCACUCAAUGCGAUGGUCAAGGAGUAUCAACUGCCUGCGAACGCACAGAGCAAUAUACCCGAGCCGUUCAUCUGGUCCGUGUUCGAAGCCAUGACAGAAGCAUGUCUCCUCAUGGAGAACGGCACAACCCUAUCGACGGCCACGCCUCCCGCGGACUGGCACCAGAUUGUGCACAAAGACAUUAAGCUGGAGAAUAUAUGGUUCGACACGUGCGGGCCAGUCUGGCCAUCCUUUCCCCGACCCGUGCUGGGCGAUUUCGGCAUGUGCGUGCUGACACAGGAAAACGACAUGAUGAAUCCGAGUCACUACGCCGACGACAUGGGGACACGAGGAUACAUGGCCCCGGAACAAGUUCACUUCAUUAGCAGGAAAACGCAGGAAAAGCAACUCCUCAGUAGACUCCAGGGCUGGACCAACGUGUAUGGCGUGGGACGGCUUAUUCAAUGUCUGAUGAAGAAAACCACAGGCGCUGAUGGGCCGAAAUGGGACAAGGGAUAUGAAGACCUGGGUGAAAUCUUCACUGCUGCAGAGAAGCUAGCCUACUCCCAGGAAUUGAGAAGUCUGGCCAUAAAGUGUACAAGGUAUACUCCCCGGAAAAGGAUCACGGCGAGGAGACUCAAGGGGAAGAUUCUGAGAAGGACAGGUGGAGCAGCGGCAGGCGUAGGGAAACCAGAUCAUGCCGGUGGCCGAAGAACCACUGCGGCUCCGUCGGGCUUUCUAUUAGGGUGGGAGACGACUGAUCAAUAUGCGCUCGGCCUGGCCUUCAAUCCCACAGUUGGUUGA